AAAAAAAAAAAAUUAAACAACAAACCAAAAAAAUAUAUCCUGGAGAGGUGAUGCAAAAAUAAACAGCGAGAGAGACAGAGAGGAGAGUGUGUGCUUGUGUGUGUGUGUUCUGGUAGGUGCCUUCUGAGUGAGGGCGACUAUGCUGUCACUUGGAGGCCCGAGGGCUCCUCUGGCCCGCCCGGCUUCCUGCAAGCCGCGGGGUUACAGACGCCAGGAGCUGCGGGAACCCGCCCGAGGCUGGCGCCCGCCCCGCCCUUCCUCCCUCGCGCAGGCGCGUCCUCGGGCGCCCGCCCAGCUAGGUUCCCGUCGGGCCUUCGCUCGCGGCACCCGGCGCUCCUGGUGACGUCACGGGCCCCGGGCGCCCUCAUUGGUUCAUUUCAAUAGUCGCGCGCUGCUUGAACUGCACGAACAGCCGGCGGCCGGCGCGCUGCUUGCUCGCGGCCACUGGGCUCCGCGCUCCUCCCGCCCGCAGCGCCUGCUCCGCGCGUCGGCCGCCAGGGUCCCGCGCAGAGCCUGGGAGCGGCGGGGGCAGUGCACGCUCUGCGGCCGACCGAUCCCCACCGGAGCCGCGAUGCCGGGCAGCUCGAGAUCGUCGGCUCGCGAGGCGGGCUCGGCCCUGCUCUCGCUGCAGCAGGAAGACCAGGAGAAUGUCAACCCCGAGAAGGUGGCUCCAGCCCAGCAGCCGCGGGCGCAGAUAGCGCUGAAGGCCGGGAACGCGCGGGGAAACGCGCCUCAGCAGAGAUUCAAGACUCGGCGGGUUGCACCUCUUAAGGACCUUUCUGUAAACGAUGAACAUGUCGCUGUUGGUCCUUCAUGGAAAGCAAACAGUAAACAGCCUGCCUUUACUAUUCAUGUGGAUGAAGAAGAAGAGACCCAGAAGAGGCCAGCUGAGCAUAAAGAAACACAGUGUGAAGAUGCCCUGGCUUUUAAUGCAGCUGUCUCUUUACCUGGAGCCAGAAAACCGCUGGUGCCGCUUGAUUAUCCAAUGGAUGGUAGUUUUGGGAAGGGGUAUGCUUAUCGUGCUGGUACCUAUGGAGACCGGAGAAAGUUUGAAGAAAUAUACCCCCCAGAAGUAGCAGAGUUUGUGUAUAUUACAGACGACACCUAUUCCAAGAAGCAGGUCCUGAGAAUGGAGCACCUCGUAUUGAAAGUCCUUGCUUUUGACUUAGCUGCUCCAACAGUAAAUCAGUUUCUUACCCAAUACUUUCUGCACCAGCAGCCUGCAAACUGCAAAGUUGAAAGCUUAGCAAUGUUUUUGGGAGAAUUGAGUUUGAUAGAUGCUGACCCAUACCUAAAGUACUUGCCGUCACUUAUUGCUGGAGCUGCCUUUCAUUUAGCACUCUAUACCGUCACAGGACAAAGCUGGCCUGAAUCAUUGGUACAAAAGACUGGAUAUACCCUGGAAAGUCUUAAGCCUUGUCUCAUGGAUCUUUACCAGACCUACCUCAGAGCACCACAGCAUGCCCAACAAUCGAUAAGGGAAAAGUACAAGCAUUCCAAGUAUCAUGGUGUUUCACUUCUCAACCCACCAGAGACACUAAAUGUGUAAGAAUGAAAGACUACCUUUGUUUAGAAUGGGAGUCACUCAGAGUUCACGAUGGACAGUUUUUAUCUUGGGUUUUAAUUUCAAUCAUUUCAGAAUGUAAAUGGUAUAGCCACAGACAAAUUAUGGUAUCCAUUGCUUUUUAAAUGGUUUUAAUUUGUAUAUCUUUUGUACAUGUGUCUAUCUUAGAUAUUUGGCUAAUUUUAAUUGGUUUUGUUAACAUUUGGUGCUGCCAACUGUCAGGAUAUUAAGAAUAAAUUGAUUUGGAAAUUUUUGCAAGUCAAAGUUAAUUUGAGAUAAAAAAUAAGGCUGAUAACGUCACUUAGAAAAGCUAACUUGGUUUGUUACUGUUCAGUGGGGGUGGAAAAGGCAUUCUAA